GCAGUGCCUCGCUGUCUUGCCGGUGGAGACGAGCGCGGCGGUCGCCGAGAUGCAAAAGCUGCGCUACACUCUGGCUGAUGCCGUCUCCGGGCGCAAGAACGAUCUACAGGAGAUCAAUGCCGUGCAUGAGAGAGAACGGCUUGAACGGGCUACCCAAAUCAAGGACCUCGCACACCAGCUCGAGCUCUACGCUGACCACAAUGCGGCCGCUAAGCACUUGGACCUCAUGCACCAGCGACUCAACUCGAUCAAGAAAUUUGACGACGCCACGUUCCAGUACACCUCGCGCCCCCUUGGCUUUGACAAGCGCGACUAUCCAUUUGCCAAACUCACGCCCGGCCGGCUCCCAGACGGGACGCUCGUGCUGCGCAUGCAGCUCCAGCACCAAUUCAGAGGCGACAAGGCCGUUCUUCUGCGCUUCAAGAAGACCUG